UGCAUGCUGUGACAGUCGAGGGUACAGCUGGUCUGUGGCUGAGAGCCAGAAACGUGUGUUUGCAAGAUGUUACAGUAGAUUUACUCAGUUGUUCCUUGCAUCAGCUGUUUACUCGCAGCCUGCAGUUACAUCACGAAACUUUUUCUUUUCUUCAGCCAAUAAAAGACAAGCUGUGUUUGUUGGCCCAAAAGACCCGCCACAGUUGGUUGUGUCCGAGCGUCGCAGCUCUGUCCCGCGGGAGAGACACUGAACUAAAGACUGCUCGAAGACGGACUCUGGCACAGAUAUCGUGAGGAUGGAAGCAGGACGCCUCUGUGUUGAGCGAGCAGUGGCUCAUUUCAUCAUCAUGUCAAACACCUCGGCUCUGAGCCUGAACUCCAGCGUCUCUGGGUGGCGUCGUCCGCUGUGGUACCAGUAUGAAGUGUGUGCGGAAGCUUCUCAUUGGUUCAUCUUCUACUUUGGAGUGAAAGUAUUGAACAUGGUUGCAGGAUUCCCAAUGAACGCCCUCGUGUUGUGGCAGAUUCUGAGGAAGAAGAGCAAAGGCUCGACGUCAGACAUCUUCAUUUUUAACCUUUCCAUCCUCGACGCCUAUUUCGGCGUCAUGAGCGUUAACGAGGUCUACAGCGGAGUCAUCCUCUCGGCCUUCUUCAUCAUGGUGUUCUGCAACCUCUCCAUCAUCUGGGUCAGGAAGAGCGUCGCAGGGAAAGAAGUCAUGAACCCGGUGAAGAAGAAGGCCUUUAAAAUGGUGCUUAUCGUCCUGGCCAUCAUCGUUGGGAGCUAUCUGCCUCCUGUGGCUCUGCUGCCGUUUGCUUCCACCUUCUCGUUCAUGAAGCUACAUUGUAAGGUUCUUCUCGGCGUCUUCUCCAUCAUGGACCUGAGCUGCACCAUCGAGCCUUCGCUCUACAUCUCUAAGAUGGAGCGCUCCACGUUCUGUCAAUGCCUGCAGAGUCCCUCCAAGAAACCCAUCAGCGUGAGCGUCUGAAAUUAAAAACUGUCUGAUUUUGUGUGUGUGAUUGUAGACCUUUGGGUUGUCAUUGUAUCUUUCUGUGGUUCUCAACUGGCGUGUCUCAGGUCUGUCAUGAUUGGUCACUGAAAGAGGGAAAACACAAUGUUAAGUGCAAAAAAGUAAACAAAACAAAAAAAUUUAACAGUAAAAUACUCAUCAACCAAAUAAAGAAAAGAGAAAACACCUACCAUAUGC